GCAACCUCGGUACCAGCAGGCUUAACGGACGGACGGACGUCAUGGGAAACUCCUCAUCUCGCGGCCGAUCAGAGCCGAGGCAGGGCGAGCAGAGGACCAUGAAGUGGAGCGUCGAUGGGUUCGCCUCACUCCUGGACAAGGGCGACGGAUGGACCUACUCCAGAGUGUUCGAGCUCAUGGGCUACAACUGGUACCUGAAGCUGAACCCGAGGGACAAGAAGAGCGGUGACGACGGCACGGAGUACGUCUCCCUCGUGCUUCAGCUGGAUGACCUCUCGGUGAAGCCGGAUACUGUCGUGAAGGCCUCCUUCAAGCUGCUGAUCUACGACCAGGCGUAUGGAAAGCACAGCGAGCAUCAAGUUCGGCACAGUUUCCAGACCGCAAGCACGAGCUCGGGAGCCUCGUGCAUGGUUUCCCUCGAAAAGCUGAAGGAACGGCCGUCUAAGUUCAUCGUCAACAACAGCUGCACCUUCGGUGUCGAGUUCAUCAAAGUCAAGGCUUCCAAAGUGAGCACGACGUCUGAAACGCUGUUUGUGCGGAAGCCGAGCGUCUUCGACGAGGCCAGGACCUACACCUGGGACAUCGAGGACUUCUUCGCGCUCAAGAACUCCGGCCACUCGCCGGAGUUCGAAGUCGGAGGACACAAAUGGAGUAUCGGUGUCUAUACGUCCAGCGAUGGGAACCACCUCACCUUGGACCUGUGCAUGAAGAACACAGAUGGUGUCCAGCAUGACGGCUCUGCAAACCUGGUAGAAUUCAGCUUGGCCAUCAAACACCAGGAGGGCGGCAAUCACUGGAAAGCAACAGGCCGGAGCCAGUUUACAAGCAACGCUCGUUGCUGGGGAUGGACGAAGUUCAUCUCGCUGGAGGAUUUCAAGGACUCCUCGAAUGGCUAUCUCGUCAAAAACAAGUGCUGCAUUGAAGCUGAGGUUGCACUCGUUGGUUCCUCAAAGAUGAAGUAGUGUGUCCUCUGUCCUUGUCUAUAUAUGUGUGUGUGGGCUGAAUGACUGAAUCACACGAUAGAUGUGCAGAGGUUUGGACGUGCGUGUGACGUGUCUUGUGUUGUGUGUUCGUUUUGUUCGUGCUGAAGACACUAAAAGUGUGCAUGCCAAAUAAGGUUCGAUCGGCGCCCAAGAUAUUGCUCAGUUUUGUUCCCACACGCAUGUCUUCGCUGGUGCAUGCGGUAUAUCAUCAACUGUUAUCUAUUUGUAAUAACUGGUGGCAGUGUAAGUGCUACACACACACGGUAAAAAAAGUAUUAUAUAUCUAUAUAAUAUUAUUUUUUUGUCUUCCAAC